AUGGCAAGACGUUACGAUUCAAGGACAACCAUCUUCUCGCCCGAAGGGCGUUUAUACCAGGUCGAGUACGCCAUGGAAGCCAUCUCACUUGCAGGCAUUGCACUCGGCGUCCUUGCCACCGAUGGCAUCGUCCUUGCAGCUGAAAAGAAGGUGACAUCCAAGCUAUUGGAACAGACGGCAUCGGCAGAAAAGAUUUACAAAUUGAGCGAUCGUAUCAUAUGCGGUGUAGCCGGUAUCACAGCAGACGCCAAUAUUCUGAUCAAUUGGACGCGAUCGCACGCUCAAAAAUAUCUAUUCACUUAUGACGAGGAAAUCCCUGUGGAACAACUUGUUCAACGUGUUUGUGAUCUCAAGCAAGGUUAUACGCAAUAUGGUGGUCUUCGUCCAUUUGGCGUCUCUUUCAUUUUCGCUGGUUACGAUGAACAACAUGGCUUCCAACUUUAUCAUUCGGAUCCUUCAGGCAACUAUGGUGGAUGGAAGGCUACUUGCAUUGGUGCCAAUAAUGCAACCGCACAAAGUAUUCUCAAGCAGGAUUACAAGGAUGAUAUGAAUGUCGAGGAUGCAAAGGCAUUAGCCAUCAAGGUCCUGAGCAAGACUAUGGAUAGCACCACUCUCAACAGUGAAAAAUUGGAAUUUGCUACGAUUCGCCAAGUGGAUGGCAAGGUGGUCUAUGACUUGUUCAAGCCAUCAGAGAUAGAUGCUUUGCUCAAGGAACAGAAUGUGGGAGCUGAUGCAAUGGAAGAAGGACAAUAA